GACGCCUCCAUUUCGCCUUCUCCAUAGAUUGCAGCACUCUGUAAUUAGGGUUUCUUCGCUCGCUCUCUGCUUUUCCUUCCAGACAACACCAACCAUGGCGGCAGUUGCGGCUCCGACCCCCACCGAGUCAGUCCAGUGCUUCGGCCGCAAAAAGACCGCGGUCGCCGUCACCCACUGCAAGCGCGGAAGGGGGCUCAUCAAGCUCAAUGGCACUCCAAUCGAGCUCGUCGAGCCAGAGAUCCUCCGCUUCAAGGCCGUCGAGCCCAUCCUCCUCCUCGGGAGACACCGCUUCGCCGGCGUCGACAUGAGGAUCCGCGUCAAGGGAGGCGGUCACACCUCUCAGAUCUACGCCAUCCGUCAGAGCAUUGCCAAGGCCCUCGUUGCCUUCUACCAGAAGUUCGUCGACGAGCAGAGCAAGAAGGAGAUCAAGGACCUCUUGAUCAGGUACGACAGGACUUUGCUGGUCGCUGAUCCCAGGCGUUGCGAGCCCAAGAAGUUUGGUGGUCGUGGUGCCCGUUCAAGGUUCCAGAAGUCUUACCGUUGAAAGGUCUCUGCUGGUUUGCUUAUGUUGUUACAGUCGUUUCGUUUUAUGGUUCGAGGAUGGAUGCUGUUUUGAUUCUGAGUUCAUGAAUUUUGUUGUUUAGGGAGAGUGGAACUUAGUAGCUCAUGUUCUAAGGGGGUUUUGGUUUGUUAAGAGGAUUCUGCUUCACAGUCCGCUUAAGAAUGUUGAUGUUUUGAUUUCUGCAGUUUGGACGAUUUUGAAUUCGCAAUUAGCUUGAAUGUGAUACUGUUGUUGGCCAUAUUGUUCUGGUAUGGUUGAUCAGUUUCCUUAAUGCUUGUGUGGUUUGUUUAAUUGUCCUGCUGAAGUAAUGUGUGCUGGGAGCAUCCAAUAUUUCGUAUUAGUGAAAUGCUGCUUAUAGAUUGUAUGGCAGGGUGUUUUGCCUAGAGCUAUGUUGGAUUGUGAUUGAAGGGUGUUUCGAGAUUGCAAUCGUUGCUGCAUUUUAGUCCCCCGAUAGAUAAUUGUAUCACCUAAUUGGGGAUUCAAUUUUAUGGUUAGCUGGUAAUUGUUCUGUCAUUUCAUCCUGAAGCUACAUAUUGUUUCAAGCUCAAGUUUCUGAGUUAAUAGAUUAUAUUGGUUUCU